CGGGGCCGGGCCAAGAUGGCGGCGUCCGGGGCCUCCGCUCCUUCCGCGGCGGCGAUCGGCAGCAACGGGGCGGGCGGGAUGGAGGUGGACGGGGCAGCCCCCCCCUCGGUGAUGGCGGGCGGCGUCACCGGCAGCGUGGCCGUCGCGCUGCAUCCCCUCGUCAUCCUCAACAUCUCCGACCACUGGAUCCGCAUGCGCUCACAGGAGGGGCGCCCCGGGCAGGUUAUCGGGGCGCUGAUCGGGCGGCAGGAGGGGCGCAACAUCGAGGUGAUGAACUCCUUCGAGCUGCUGUCGCACGUGGUCGACGGCCACGUCCUCAUCGACAAAGAGUACUAUUACACCAAGGAGGAGCAGUUCAAGCAGGUGUUUAAGGAGUUGGAGUUUUUGGGGUGGUACACGACGGGGGGUCCCCCCGACCCCGCCGACAUCCACGUCCACAAGCAGGUGUGUGAGAUCAUCGAGAGUCCCCUCUUCCUCAAACUGAACCCCAUGACGAAACACACGGAUUUGCCAGUCAGCGUCUUCGAGUCAGUGAUUGACAUCAUCAAUGGGGAGGCCACGAUGCUGUUUGCGGAGCUGCCGUACACUUUGGCCACCGAAGAGGCGGAGCGCAUCGGCGUCGAUCACGUGGCGAGAAUGACAGCGACCGGGGGCGGGGAGAGCUCCACCGUGGCGGAGCACCUUUUGGCCCAGCACAGCGCCAUCAAAAUGCUGCACAGCCGCGUGCGCCUCAUCCUCGAGUUCGUGCGGGCGGCGCAGGCGGGGGAAGUGCCGUACAACCACGAGGUGCUGCGCGAGGCCUGCGCCCUCUGCCACUGCCUCCCCGUGCUCAGCACCGACAAAUUCAAGACCGACUUCUACGACCAAUGCAACGACGUGGGGCUCAUGGCUUACCUGGGCGCCAUCACCAAGGCCUGCAACACCAUGAACCAAUUCGUCAACAAAUUCAACGUUCUCUACGACCGACAGGGUUUGGGGCGCCGUAUGCGGGGGCUUUUCUUUUAGGGGGACCCCCCCCC